CAGAACAGUGAUAAUAUAGAGAUAUCGGAUAUAUAAAUGAAGGAUUGUGGUAAAACGGUUUGCUUUUGAGUGCAGUGCCGGUUAAGAUAAGAGUCCGUGACGCGAACGCGGAUAGUUGUAUGAACCGCUGCGGCGCUUACGACUUUUAUAACGACAUCCGCGAAAGCCGUCCUCUUAGUGUCCUAGUGCAGAAAUGAACAGUAGCUGAACAGUUUUAACGUCGAAUAUUCUGUGCUAAUAUCCACUGACGAACUUUAUCACCUACCAACAUUCUUGUGUUUGAAACUUCUUUGUUCGGAUUUUUUUUUUUUGGUUUUGGUUAUAUUAAAGUUAAAAUUAAUAUUCGAAGAUGAUUUGUCAAGCGUGCUAUGACCCAAUUGAUGGCCUAGAGGAAUUAAUAUGUGUAACUUGUAAAAGGCCCUAUCACUAUAAAUGUUUUAACAUAACUACAGCUGCUUUCAUGGCAAGAAACUACGCAAUACGGCACGAUUUUCGUUGUUUAUUGUGUACAAACAUAACAUCUCGCCGUAAAAAUGAUAACACACCUGCGCGAGGCCAACUUAGUUCUACAUUACAAGACCAAGACCAUACAAAUAUGUCACUGGAUAAUGUAUCAAUAAAUGAUGAGACAAACCUGAACCUCGGCGACACCAUUGGCUCCCCGCAACAAAUACAAAAUUCUCAGCCCAUCACACUAGACCAAAUCAGUUCCCUGCUUAAAAACAAUAAUACUUUUAUUUUAACCGACUUCAAAAAGAUGCUGCACACAGAGAUUACUGCAGCGAUUGAAGGACUUAAAACCGAAUUUACAAAUAAACAUACUCAAUUAACGUCCCAACAAGAAAGUAUGAUGCAGCAAAUAAAUGAAGCCAACAGUAAAAUAGACUCACUACAAAGGGAAAACCAACAAAUUAAAACACAAUUAGCUCAAGUUCAGAUGCGAUCUAACCCAGUAGAAAAUCCUGAAAUCAUCAAGAACCAAAAAAAGUUCAUAGUCUACGGCUUGGACGAGUACUAUGGGGAAAAGGAAUCUGAUUUAUAUCCCCGAUUAAAUAACAUGUUCUGCGACAUUUUAAAUGUAAAUAUUAAUAGCUAUAUCGAAAGUGCACAGCGUAUAGGUAAAAAAGGAAAUCGCCGCCCGCUGCUUAUCGAACUGAUAAGCAAGCGCAUGAAAGCGUACAUACUGGAAAACUCCCGCGCGUUCAGGAACACGGGAUAUGCUGUCUCAGAUGUCCUGGAUAACGAAGCCUUAAUCAUAAGACGAGACCUAAGAGAUCAGCUCCGGAGAGCCCGCGAAAGCGGAAAGCACGCAGUAAUACGAAACAACCGCCUUUUUAUCAAUGGAAUCGAAUGCCAACCCACACAAGGAAUAAAAUCCCAUCCUGUGGCCCCUGGCCCGAGUAAUAUAGCACCAGCCAUCCCCACAGCGCGCAUAAGUCACAAUAGUAUAGCAAAUAGCCCAGCAGCCAGAACAAGCGAGUCAUCACGCCUAGACAGACAAGAGGACCUACCAUCAUCUACAGCAAAUCAAACUAUACAUACUAGGGGCAAUCCCGUGGAAAUUACGGAGCAGAUUAGAAACCUGGGAGAAGAGGAGAAAACGCCAUGCCCAUACGUCUCGCAGCCCACAGCACAUGAGCAGACUAGCACACCCAGUCGAAGCCUCUUUACGCAUAAUGCCUCAAACUCGAAUGACCAGCGUAUUCGCAGUAACCUAGCCGACACACGCGCAACAAAUACUACCUUUCGUACCUAACUUGCCUAUUUUAUUCCAAAAUAUGCAAAGUCUAUGGAACAAAACCCACCUUAUGCAAGAUUAUACGGAAAAAAAUAAUAAUUUACACGUGAUUUGUAUUUCCGAGUCAUGGCUAAACAAGG